ACCCGCUUCAGGGCUCGGCGUCUGAGGGCGCCCACCACCGCACCCCUCCCUCCGCCCCACACAUCUCUCUAGGUGGAACCUCGGGCCCGGGAGAGUGGACGGGGCGUUCCGCGCUCCCCGCCGAUAGCUUGGGCUGUGUUGGGCGGUUGCCCCGACAACGGGCACUUCCGGGAACGGCGCAGGACGAAUCCUGCCGGGCGGGGGCGGCGCUGGACGGCGGCCGUCUCGGACCGAGUGGAUCGUUGCCCGGCAGCACCUGCUUCCGGGAGCUUCGGCCCCGCCCCCGCGCGCUGCGGCUUCUCCACCCUCGGCUUCUGACUGGCGCUGGCGGUCCCAGUGUUUCCUUGUUGCUCCUGGCAACAGGCACUUCCGGGAGUGAGGGCCUUCCCCCUCCCGGCCCCGCGGGCGCGCGAGCCCCGAGUUCCGGACUCCAAGCAGCGGUUAGGCGGCGGUCGCUCCUCGGCCUCGGGUUACGGCGGGCCGCGCAUCCCGGGCCUCCUCGCCGCCUCGGCGGGGUCUCCGGGGCCGCCAUGGUUCUGCUGCACGUGAAGCGGGGCGACGAGAGCCAGUUCCUGCUGCAGGCGCCGGGGAGCACGGAGCUGGAGGAGCUCACGGUGCAGGUGACCCGGGUCUACAACGCGCGGCUCAAGGUGCAGCGCGUCUGCUCAGAAAUGGAAGAAUUGGCAGAACAUGGCAUAUUUCUCCCUCCUAAUAUGCAAGGACUGACUGAUGACCAGAUUGAAGAAUUGAAAUUAAGGGAUGAAUGGGGUGAAAAGUGUGUACCCAGUGGGGGCUCGGUAUUUAAAAAGGAUGACAUCGGCCGAAGGAAUGGGCAAGCUCCAAAUGAAAAGAUGAAGGAAGUGUUAAAGAAGACUAUAGAAGAGGCCAGAGCAAUCAUAUCGAAGAAACAAGUGGAAGCCGGAGUGUGUGUUACCAUGGAGAUGGUGAAAGACGCCUUGGACCAGCUGCGAGGUGCAGUGAUGAUUGUCUAUCCCAUGGGCCUGCCGCCAUACGAUCCCAUCCGGAUGGAAUUCGAAAAUAAAGAAGACUUGUCUGGGACUCAGAGGGGACAAGGGGCCCCAGCCCGAGAACCGAUCAUCAGCAGUGCGGAGCAGAAGCAGCUGAUGCUGUAUUAUCACAGAAGACAGGAGGAGCUCAAGAAAUUGGAAGAAAAUGACGAUGACUCCUGUUUAAAUUCCCCAUGGGCAGAUAACACUGCUUUGAAAAGACAUUUCCAUGGGGUAAAAGACAUCAAGUGGAGGCCAAGAUGAAGUUCACCAGUUGGUGAUGCUGCCAUUAAUACCGGCUCACCUUUCCUGUAGACAAAAUAAAAACACAUUUAAAUAAUAAUAGGGCGCCCACAACCCUCUGAAAAAUGUUGAAUUUCUAGUUGUCCUAGUUUUUGUUUCCGUUUGAAUGUGUCCGAUAAAAAUUAUUUAAGGUUUUAGAAUUUAAUAAAUAUAUCCUCAAAAGCA